AUGGCUCAAAGAAGACCACGUUUCUUCCGUUUUCCUCACAGAGCUUUUCAGUUGCCGAAUUACUUUUUCUGGAAUAGAUGGCAGCAGUUUCAACAACCUGGUCAGUGGAAAGCAGGGCUUAUAGAUUCUUGGGAUCGUAAAAAUCAGGAUUCGCCGAUCGCUGACCUGUUACAAACUAUGAUUGUUUUUGAUUCGCAUGGAAGACCACACAAGCCGAGAGGAAUAGAUCCAACACAAAAAUCUUCCGUCAAGAUAGCGGCCAUGGAUCAUCACAGACUUCCAAAUCCAAACCCAUUCGUUCACCACAGAAGGAGAAAGCGAAAUUUCCUUUCACGUGCCAGACUUUGGGAGCAAAAAACUGUACCAUACGAGAUACAACAAGGAGUUGCACCCAGCACGCGAGAAAAGAUUGCUGAAGCUAUUAAAGCCUUUCAGGAUCUGACCUGUGUAAGGAUCGUACCUCGUUCACAGGCGACUAAUUUAGGUCACAACUCAUACGUUUAUUUUGUCAAUGGGCAAGGAUGUUCCUCGUAUGUAGGGCGUCAGUUGAAUGGACAACAACCCAUUUCUCUACAAGAACCAGGCUGUGGACAGACCAAAGUAGUGAUUCAUGAAUUGAUGCAUGCUAUUGGACAAAUGCACGAACAACAAAGGACUGAUAGAGACGAAUACAUCGAGAUAUUGUAUGAAAAUGUUCCAUCUGAUCAAAGAAAUAACUUUGACAAGGAAAACACGCAUGACAGAACACCUUAUGACGUAGAAUCCAUAUUACAAUAUCCCCUAACGGCGUUCUCCUUGAGUAAUGGACGACCGACGAUGAAGCUGAAGGAUCCCAGGCUAGAAGCUCUUGUGGACACAGCUCAAACGUUCACACUUAACGAUCUAAAGGAGAUAACUAUUGCAUACCAAUGUGCUGGUAAGUGAUGGA